CAAAUAUCGCUAUCGAAACAGUAAAAACAACUAGAGCAGUGUCGGGACUUUUUUCUCUUACACGGUCAGGUAGGUAUAUUUUGGCUUUAUUUUUAAUGUAAUUUAAGGUUGGCAGUCAAACACUGUUGAAAGUGCUGUUGGUGUCAGGUGUAGCAGGUGACUGCUCGUCCAGGUAAAGUAGCCUAAAUAACACGCUACGCUUCCAAUAGCAUAGGCCUAAGCAGUGAAGCCUAGAUAUGAUAAAAUAUGCAGUUAAUAAAAAGGUGCCGUGCAGACAGACCUAACGUUGAAAAAAGCUCAAUUUUAAAUAGCAAGGAGUCGGUAACUAGGCUGAUGCGGAAGCAGCAGACUGCUAUCAGCAAAUCACGGUGCUCCAUUUUUUAUUUUAUUUUUUCACUGUGAUUAAGUUCAGACGAUCCGUUUUUCAAGCACGUAAAUGCGGAUAACACCCAGGACAGAGAUGAUGUAAAAUAACAUUUUACCAAACCAAGCCGUCAGCAGCAGCGCUGGGAUCAGCUGACGAUCAGCUGAUCCGCUCAGCUGACUGCUCAGCUGAUACACUCGCAGAUGAUUGCUGCUCUCAGAUCGGCUAAUCUAUUUCAGUCGUCGUGACAUCUACGUGUUGCCGUGAAACUCUAAUUUACCGAGAAAAGUAUUUAGUACAAAAGUAUUUUGAAACUGGGAAAGCCCCGUGAUUGCGUGACCUUUCCGGAUAUUUCGUCAUAUCAUGUUUGCAUGACCAGUGAAACCUUUCCCAGCAUAAUGAAUGUGAGGAGAGUGGAGAAGACAGUUCUGAGUGUGGAACAGUCAGAGGGAGUCGGUGCUCGUGUCCGCAGGAGCAUCGGUAGAAAGGAGCUGAGAAACCUGGAUCCCUUCCUGAUGUUGGAUGAGUUUAGAGUGAGCAAGCCGGCAGGAUUUCCAGACCAUCCUCACAGAGGAUUUGAGACAGUAACAUAUGUUUUAGAGGGGAUCACGGCCCAUGAAGACUUCUGUGGCCAUUCAGGACUACUGAAACCUGGAGAUCUGCAGUGGAUGACUGCGGGACGGGGGGUGGUUCAUGCUGAGAUGCCCGCAUCAGAGGAGCCGGUGGUGGGCUUACAGCUGUGGGUGAAUCUGCCAGGACGAGACAAGAUGGUGGAACCAGCGUACCAGGAGCUUAAAGGCUCAGAGAUCCCCAAACCCAGCCAGGGAGGAGUUACAGUUGCUGUGAUAUCUGGAGAGGCUCUGGGAGCAAAGUCUAAGGUCUUCACAAGGACCCCGACCAUCUACUUGGACUUCAAACUGCAGGCAGGGGCCCUGCAUGUGCAGCAAGUCCCCUCAGGAUGGACUACAUUCAUCUACACACUAUCCGGAUCCAUUCAUGUCGGCCCAGAUGAGGAGCAGCAGAAGGUAGAGCCCCAUCAUACUGUGGUGUUUGGAGAUGGAGACUGUGUCAAAGUUGAAAACAAGAGCUCUGAGGUUUCCCAUUUUGUGCUGAUUGCUGGAGAGCCAAUCAAAGAGCCUGUGGUACAACACGGUCCAUUUGUAAUGACCACAGAAGAAGAGAUCAGAGAGGCUGUAAGGGACUAUCAGACUGGCAAAAAUGGCUUUGAAAGGGCCGAAAACUGGAGGUCCAAGAUCAGAAACUCUUUCUGAACAUUAUGUAUUGUACUCCGUCUGUCUGUCCGUGGUGAAUAUAUUUACCUUACUUGUUUGCUACUAUAGAAGGAUUUACAGUUACUCAUCUGGGAGACGAUUUUAUCCAAAGCAACUUACAUUUGAGGAACAACACACAAGCAUCAAUCAAUCAGUGCAGUAAGCGAACUACGAGUGACAAAAAAAAUAGUAAGAGCAGGAAUAAAUGAUAGCACAACAUGGAAGUAAGAAAUGAAAAUGAGUGCAGCAGGAGUAUAAGUACUCUGAUUGCCCUCCGGAUUAACAAGACAAAAGGGUGGUUUCAGUGGGUGGGUCAGAGACACACACCCAGUUGUUUGUGAUUGCUCAGCUGGCCUUCAGUUUCUAGUAAAUUGCUCAGUAAAGUGCAAAGUGAUAGCACAACAGGAAGUAAGAAAUGAAAAUAGAGUAAAUAUUACCUUGUUGCUACAGUCUCUUAUUCGCCCAAGGGUGCUUGUUUUGAUGUUUAAAAAUGAGUAUUGGGUAUAGUGGGUAUUUAUUUUCAGGAUAUGUUCUGUAUGUGUUUACAGAAAAUUUAGUACUUUUCAGUGUCUUUUUUUAACUUGUUACGUGUCCAAGUGCUUCAUGCGGGAGUGGACAACAUGCUCCAUUGUUAGCAGUAUAGUAGUUUACCCUCUCUUCCUCGUAAAAUAUAGAUUUUUAGGGAAAAUAUGCUUCUAAUUGCUCUCCACUCCCCUUGUUAAAUUUAAGCUUUAUUACAUUUUCCUUUUGCUGUUUGACAUAACACUUUAACAGAGCUGUUAGGAAAUGUUGAAGUAUGAAUGUUUUAAAAAUGUUUUGAUGUUUUACCACAGGAUAUGCUAAAGAAACAUUAACCUAAUUAAUCAUUAUGAUAUGACCUCUGUAACCAAAAACCUUUCCAGACCACAUUAAAAUA